AUGGCGCUGGCGUCGAGGCUGGCGCAGCUGCAGGCCAAGGCGUGCGAGGCGACGCGGUUCGUGGCGCGGCACGGGUGCGAGUACCAGCGGUUCCUCGUGGAGAAGAACAAGAAGUACGUCGUGGAGCCGCCCACCAUCGAGAAGUGCCAGGAGCUCUCCAAGCAGCUCUUGUACACCCGCCUCGCCAGCCUUCCUGGUCGCUAUGAAGCAUUCUGGAAAGAGCUUGAUCAAGUGAAGCAGCUGUGGAAGAACAGAAACGAUCUGAAAGUCGAGCACGCCGGUGUCGCAGCACUCUUCGGUAUUGAGCUGUACGCAUGGUUCUGCACUGGCGAGAUCGUUGGGAGAGGAUUUACUUUGACAGGAUACCAUGUCUGA